AUGAUCCGCCAGUUCAGUUCUCAAUCUGCAUUUAGUUCAAGGAGCAGGCAGGGCUACCGUUCUGGCUUUUCUGCAGGCUCUGGUGGUGGGAAUCGGGCCGCAGGGUCUGUGUGUGUGGCCCGGGGGAGGUGUGGCGGUGGUGGGUAUGGAAGCUCUGCUAGGAGUUUUGGCUCUCAGAGCCUCUACAACCUGGGUGGCAGCAAGAGCAUCUCUAUUAGCUUAGUGGGGAGAAGUGCUAGUGGUUUCCAACAAGGAGGGGUAUUUGGAGGAGGCAGAGGCUUUGGCAGUGGUGGCUUUGGGGGUGGUGGCUAUGGAGGAAGUAGUUUUCGAAGUGGUGGGUUUGGAAGUAGUUUUGGGUUUGGGGGCUUUGGUCCUUCUUGUCCUCCUGGGGGUAUCCAAGAGGUGACUAUUAACCAGAGCCUCUUGCAACCACUCCACCUGGAGGUGGACCCUGAAAUUCAGAAGGUCAAGAACCAGGAGCGGGAACAGAUCAUGGUUCUCAACAACAAAUUUGCCUCCUUCAUUGACAAGGUGCGCUUUCUAGAGCAGCAGAACCAGGUGCUAGAAACCAAAUGGGAGCUGCUGCAGCAGGUGAAUACCUCCACUAGGACCAACAACCUGGAGCCCAUCCUGGAGAACUACAUCAGUGAGCUGCGGAAGCAGGUGGACUAUUUAAAUGCAGAGCAGAUGCGCCAGAAGUCAGAGAUAAAGAACAUGCAAGAUGUUGUGGAGGACUACAAGAGCAAGUAUGAGGAUGAAAUCAACCGGAGGACCAACACCGAGAAUGACUUUGUCAUCCUGAAGAAGGAUGUGGAUGCUGCAUAUAUGAACAAGGUGGACUUGCAAUCCAAAGUGGACACACUGUUUGGCGAGGUCAACUUCCUAAAAUAUUUAUUUGAUACGGAGUUGUCUCAGAUGCAGACUCACAUCAGUGACACCAACGUCAUCCUAUCCAUGGACAAUAACCGCUUCCUGGACCUGGACAGCAUCAUUGAGGCUGUGAGGACCCAGUAUGAUAUAAUUGCACAGAAGAGCAAGGAUGAAGCUGAGGCCUUAUAUCAGACCAAGUACCAGGAACUCCAGAUCACAGCAGGGAGACAUGGAGAUGAACUGAAGAACAGCAAGAUGGAGAUCUCAGAGCUUAACCGCACCAUCCAGAGGUUGCAGGCAGAGAUCGGCAAUAUCAAGAAACAGAUCGAACAGAUGCAUGCUAACAUCUCGGAUGCAGAGGAGAGAGGAGAGCGGGCCCUCCAGGAUGCCAAAGGGAAGCUGCAGGAAUUGGAGGAAGCAUUGCAGCAGGCCAAGGAGGAGCUGGCUCGGCUGCUGCGUGACUACCAGGCACUACUGGGAGCCAAGCUUUCCCUAGAUGUGGAGAUUGCAACCUAUCGAAAGCUGCUAGAAGGAGAGGAGAGCAGGAUGUCGGGAGAGCUGCAGAACCAAGUCAGCAUCUCUGUGCAGAGCAGUCAGAUGACAGUCAGUGGCUCUGGCUCAGGAGGUGGCGGCCGAGGCUCCGGCGGAUACAGUGGCGGCGGGUACAGCAGCGGCGGUGGAUACAGUGGAGGUGGCGGUGGCUCCCGUGGAAACAGGGGCAGCAGCGGGGGCGGUUAUGGAGGUGGAUCCCGGGGGAGCGGUGCAGGUGGUUAUGGGAGCAGCAGCUAUGGGUCCAGCAGCAAGAGCAGCGGCAAGUACGGGAGCGGGAACAGGGGCAGCUCCUCUCGCGUGCAGAUCAUCCAAACUUCCACCAACACCUCGCACAAGCACAUUCUGGAGUAG